AUGGCUUCAGCUAUACAACAGAAUGAAAGCACGGCAAGUGCGUGCGCAACAACAAAUGUUGUACAAGUAACUCACGAAAACCCUGUGUGGCUACGGGCGGAACUAUUUGAAAAACUGCUGAAAGCUACAAUUCCGAAGUACCAAAAGAUCCAGCAUUGCUCGGCAAAACCCGCCUUGGCAGCUGGUGAAAACUAUUCCACAAUAAUGCUGCGUGUCAGCAUAGAUGUUGAGCUAACAGAUGAUACAACAAAAUCGCUUUCGUACAUGAUGAAACUGCCGCAUGAAAAUGAAAUGCUUCAGGACCUAUUGCGUGGCCACAAUAUUUUUGAAAUCGAACACAGGAUGUAUCAUGAAGUUGUACCUGAGUUCGAGCAGUUGUACCGGGCAGUUGGUGUCGAGGUAAAUUUUUCGGCAAAAAGCUACCAUAUCGAAACACCUUCAGUGUUUGGCGUCAUUUUGCUGGAGGACUUGUGUCCAUUUGGUUACACGAAUGCCAAUCGCUUAGAAGGACUUGAUUUGGAGCACACGAAGGCGGUACUUGAGCGUUUGGCGCAAUGGCACGCAGCCUCUGCAGUGCGUGUCGAGACCAAGGGGCUAUACCCUGAACUAUUUCUUAAAGGCAUGUUCAGUGCAUUCACCGAAUCGCAGCAGGGGUCAAUGAAAGCCUACUACGACACUUUUAAGCCAUCACUUUUCGAGUCUAUAAAAAGCCUAAAUGGGCACGAAGAAUACAUAGAUGACUUGGCGCAAGCGUUUGAUAGCAUAGCCAAAGAAUCUACGCGUGGCUCACAUUAUGAGCCAAGUGAGUUCAACGCUUUGAACCAUGGCGACUGUUGGGUCAACAAUGUCAUGUUUAAGUAUGACAGCGAGGGCAAAAUCGAAGAUACGUUACUCAUUGACUACCAGAUGAUCAAUUAUGGCUCGCCAGCGAAGGACUUGAUUUACUUUUUGCUGUCAUCUACGAGAUGCGAUUUGAAAGUGAAGCAAUUUGACUAUUUCAUUAGAUUUUAUCACGACCAUUUAGUGAAGAACUUGCAGCUUUUGAAAUACUCUAAAAAUCUGCCGACAUUGAAAGAAAUUCACAUUGCAGUGAUGAAAUACGGCAAAUUGGCACUAAUAUCGGCCCUAGGCAUUAUGGCGGUCGCUUUGUUGGAGCCGCGUAGCGAUGCCAAUAUUGACGGGUUUAUUGGAAACACGGAGAGUGCGGUGAGCUUUCGCAGUGCAAUGUUCACAAAUCCCAGAUACCGCAAACAUUUGGAGGUACUAAUGCCGUGGAUGAGCAAUCGAGGCGUCUUUGAAGUGGAGCUAUCGAAUUAUCGAAGUAGCAAAUCUGAUAAAGUAGCAGAGAAACUCUGUAUUAUAUCCGAAAUUCGGUUUGUGUUGAUAAGUAAAAGUUGUGUUUAUUUUGCUAUAUUUUUUGUGGGUCUGAAAAAAAUAAAUCAUUUUGUUUCUCAUAUUACCACGAAAGAGAGGAAAAAAGUGCGCUCAGACUUGGAAAGAUUUGCAAUGGAUUCCACACUGAAUGGCAACGUCGAGAAUGAUGUCGAUAAUUUGCCCGCCUGGUUGAAAACAGUCACUUUCGCAAAUGCCGGACGCGCUAGUGUAGGCGAAAACUUCGAGAGCAUCAUUAACACGCGUUUCGAGAGCGAUCCAAAAAGCAGCGUCAACUUCUCCUCUAUGCUGUUGCGUCUCCAUCUCGACGUAGCACUUAAAGAUGGUGGCACAAAAACGGUGACAUUUGUGCUUAAAACCCCACACACCAAUGAAAUGAUGUCGAAAAUACUAGAACUAUUGAAACUCUUCCCGAAAGAAGAGAAGGUUUACCACAGUAUUUUACCGAAAUUCGAGGAGUUGUACAGGCAAGUGGGAAAGGACGUUAAAUUUGCACCUAGCGCGUAUCAAUUCGAUCGUGACAUAGGAGUGGAUUAUGUUCUGCUAGACGACUUGCGACCAAGAGGCUAUAAAAAUGCCAAUCGAAUCAAGGGUCUCGACUUGGAGCACACCAAGCAUGUGCUGCUGAAAAUGGCCGAGUUCCACGCCGCCUCUGCGUGUUAUGUUGAGCACUUUGGCACAUUUCCAGCGGAAUUCACUGUGGGAAUCUAUACAAAGAGCAAUAAAGAGCUAUUGAAGGAAUUCAAUGCAUCUGGUGCCUUCUUGGCGCAACUAAAAAAGUGGAAGAACGGGCAGGCGUACUAUGAGAAGUUGGCCGACAUCGACACUUACUUGGUAGAUCGCCUGCUGCAGGACCAGGUUUACAAUCCGAGCGAAUUCAAUGUACUCAAUCACGGUGACUGUUGGGUGAACAAUAUUCUCUUCAAGUAUAAUGCGUUUGGGAAAAUUAAAGACACCCGUUUCAUCGACUUCCAAGUCGGCAAAUAUGGAUCGCCGGCGAAUGAUCUUUACUACUUCAUAUUAUCCUCGACUGCAGCGGACAUAAGAAUAGCACAGUUCGAUUACUUGGUGCGCUAUUAUUUUGAUAACCUCGUAGAAAACUUGAAACUAUUGCAAUAUCACCGGCCUCUACCAAAACUUAGGAAUCUGCACGCGGCUUUGCUGCGAAACGGACUGGCAGCUUACUUGGUUGUGUCUAAGGUGUUGCCAGUUGUGCUGUUGGAGAAGAGUGGCAAUGAAAACAAGGAGAAUGCCCUCCAGGAUGAAAGCAAAAUUAGACUUGCUAUGUAUACCAAUCCAAAAUAUGUCGAAGCGAUGUCAGAAAUCCUGCCAUGGUUGUAUAAUCGAGGCUUGCUUGACAAUUAUGCCUCAGGGUCAUCGCAAAUUUGGACCAUCGGAUGGAGGUGUGCCGCCGAGGCCGCGGCUGCCGUUUGGCAGAUAUUUUCUUCUACACGUAAUUUAGCCAUACCAAUAUUAUCCUAA